GUUACCUGUCAGACCUGUCGUUUCAAAAGAAGAAGAGGGCGGAGUCUCAGCUACAGGAGGCGGAGCCUCCAUCAGAGGGGGAGGGGCCUAGCUCACCUGUUACAGGGGGUAGAGAAGGAUCGGUCACUGAUCAUUCCACUUCUCUUACCGCAGCCUCGCUGCUGCUACCUGCUCACCUGGUGAUGUCACAGUCGUCCCCAGAGGGGGCGGAGCCACCUGGGGAAGAGGAGGGGUCCAUUAGUGAAGAGGCGGGGCCGUCAGUCAAGAAGGUGUGGCCUGUGAAAGAGCCGGGGGCGGAGCCAAAGCCGGAGCUCACAUCUGGCAUCACAGAAGCCUUCAACACAUUCAAAUCCCAUCUGGAACAGCACUUCACUGGCUGCUGGCAGAACGUUGAAAGUGAAAUUCUUCUGUCAUUAAAAGAGUGUCAACAACAAGUCUCCUCGCUGCUGACAGCUGUCCAUCAACACAGGUUAGUGUUGGUGCAGAGGUUUGAGACCAGUGUCACUGAUCAGCUGAACCGACUUCGUGAGAACUCCAGCAACCUGAACGCCAUCAACACACAGAUGCUGAGUUUUUUCCAGUCUGAGAUGCAGCGUCUGGGUUCGUUCUGUGAUGAACGCCUGCAGAGUUUGAAGUCUUUGGAGAGUGGAGCAUCGGGGGCGGAGCGUCAAACCAGCCAAUGAAGGACGAGAAGAGAAGAGCCAAUCAGAAGAGGAGCAAUCUGACCAUGAAUCCGUUUCUCGUCUGAAGACUGAAAUAAAACCAAAAUGAGCAAAGUC